AUGCGUUUGUCUAGAAAACGAUCGUUGCCAAAUGUGCCAGAAACACUUAAGGACUUAGCUGACCAAUUCGAUGCUGGACUGCUUCAUAGGUUUCAAGCUUGUGGAGAACUUAUAUAUAAAGGUUAUGUUGUAGAUAACUCGGGAAAUCAUUCAAUAAUUUUUAGUUCUCAAACAUUGAUUGAUAGAUGUAUUGCAAUGGAUGCCACAGAACUACAUGUAGACGCUACCUUUAAAGUGAUCCCAUCAACACCAAAAUGUUAUCAGCUUUUGAUCAUUAAUGUAAUGAUAGAUAAUUAUAGUAUACCUUUAGUUUAUGUUCUAAUAGAGAAGAAAACUGUAGAGGCAUAUGAUGCAGCUCUCCAUUACGUUAAACAUAAUCUCCUUCCAGAAUUUAGACCUACAGUUAUUUUGACAGACUUUGAAGCAGCUUUGAGAACAGAACUAAUCAGGCACUUUCCAACAGCUGCAGCCCAUGGGUGUUGGUUUCAUGUUAACCAAGCUGUUUGGCACAAAAUGAAAAAAUUAGGUUUUUUGAAUUUAAUCAACCAAUGA